CAGCAUUAAACAUGAGCAAUCCACUAAACGUAAAGAUUUCUUUGCAACCUUUGUCUGAAACAAAGAUUCAAGAAAUUGCGUAUAAUGGCCGUGAGACGUUUAUUCCACCCCUCUCCAUGUCCGAGAGCUUGACAGAUCUUGCAAACCGAAUCAACUUUUUAGCUGAAGAUGAAUCAGACGUAGAUCAGGAUGUCGAGAGAAAACUCACCCCAGGCAAGCAGUGGCCAUGGGAAAAUAUAAGAUCGCAUUUACAGAGUGCGCUGAUUGAAAUGAAUGUGUUGGUUGAUGUGAUGGCCAUCGCACAAAAUAAGGACAGCACGUCCAAAGAUAAACAGGAAUCAACCGACCCAAAUCGUUACUUGAUGUUUAGCUCUGUUGCUAAGGAAGCAGAAACACCCAAACCCAUGUUACAAAUGAUAACUAAAAAAAGGUGCUUAGGAGCUGCUGGGAAAAUUCUUUUAGAUGGAGCAGAAAGACUAAACAAAGCUAGAAACGAAGUUUCUACUCAACAAAACUUUCACGCACAACUGCUCAAGUUAAGACAAAGAUGGAGAGUACGUAGACACGGAGAUAAAAUUCUUGGGGACUUGAGUUACAGAACAGCUGGUUCUGACUUCUUGCAUCAUGGCUCAUUUGAAGUUGUGAAAGUAUCAGCGGAUGAUAUGGAUCAUGAUGUUGGAAACGAAAAUCUCCCGCUGCGUGUUGUGAUGAGUCCAGAUUUGAAAGGAAGAUCAACAAUAUCCGUGAUGAUCAUUGACACUUCAGGCACAGAUUAUAUCACAGACAUGGCAAGCCUUAACUAUAAUGAUGAAGUUGGGUUUAAUACUUCAAGUAUGCACGACCCAUCCUGGCAUAAGAAGCUUUGCCAGGCUCAGAAUGUAUUGUAUUGUAAAGAGCUGUUUGCACAUUUGACCAAAGAAGCUGUGCAGUAUAAGAAUGUUGGUGCAAUUGCACCCAUUGUUGUGAUAAAGGACACAAUUUCUACUGAAAUAUUCCCAUCCAUCCGAUUAGUAGUAAAACUCAUUCAUUCUAUGGAUACUGAUAACCAGCAAAGCCAAACUGAAAAUCCAUCUGCAUUAGAAACUGUCUUCAGUUUAAAGUUCACCUUGCUACAACUUUUGCAAGAAGUGCAUCGAAGAAAACUAGAAAUAUCGCCACCUCGGCCUACAAGUGCAGUGCUAGGGUUGACGCCACAUAUGCGAAGAGCGGCAGUUCAAGGUAACACCUUGAAACAAUUGACAUUGGCAUCGGAUAAGAACAACAUAUCGUUCAUUGAAUCUUUGUUGAAAAUGGCAAAACAUCAUGUUGUGCGGAAACGAGUUGUUUCAUUGAUUCAAACCGUCACUAAAUCGUUUCAAGAUCCAGAUGUACAAGCACAUUGGUCAACUAUUGGCAACAUGUUUGAAUCUAGCGUUCGAAUUUUAAUUGCGAGUUCUGGUUUUGAAAGUUGUUACCGCACCGUUGUCCAGCUUACAUUAUAUUCUGAUCACAUCAAAGCGUUGCAGCGUGAGGGUCGUGUACUAACGCUUUCAACAGAAUAUUCAGAUCUCUACCUUUACUUUAUAACAUUAAUAUCAUCACACCAGCUACAAACGGUUCAAGCACUUUCGAAAAUAUUAAACUGGUCAUUAUUACACAUGGCACCUCAUGCAGGGGUGUGUAUAAAUAACAGCGUUAUAAACCGAGGAACGAUGUUGCUUGCUUCUCCAUCCAAUGAUAGCAAGUUAUCACUCAGUAUUACCCACAACACAGACCACUCAAUUAGCCACAAUGUCCGAAUCCAAUUCUCAAAAUCUCUUGAUUUAAAGUUAAAUAAUCAGGUCUUCACGGAGACUCAAGACAACCUUACUUUGAGUUCGAAAUACCUUGGGUUGGGAGGAGAAUGGAAAAUAGUUAACUGGCAAAAUUUGCAUGGCCGGCAUUUUGUGCAAAAAAUGGAAACUUUAUUAACAAGUUUGGUUUCUAAUUUUUAAAAAAUAAUUUUGUUUCAAUCCUGUGCUAUAACAGUUCAAUAUCUGUCACUACCCAGUGCUCACUACAUUAAUAAAAAUUGUAGUUUUUUUAUUUUGUUCCUAUUCGUGUCAUAGUCAAUCAUUUCUGUUUUUUAAUUUUAUUAGCGGGGUCAUAAAUUUUUUUUUUUUUUUUUCUGAAACUGCCAUAAUACUUUACAUUCAUAAAAACUUGCUUCACAUUAGCAGUUAUUAUUAAAACUGUUUACAUCGGGCAGAUAAUGGCAUAUGACUGAUAUGAUAAUACUUUCACUUUUACAGA